CUGUCUCUGUAUUUUCUUUUCUUCCUUUCCUUUCCUUUCUUUUCUUUUCUUUCUUUUUUCUUUUUUUACAAAUAUCUUUAUCAUUUAUACUGCAUAAUGGUGGGCGUCAGUAAACGCCAGCAGCUGCGCAAUGAGCGAGCCUUGCAGGAUCUCGUCCGCUCCGUCCCGGGCAAUGACCGAUGUGCGGACUGCGAUACUUUGAAUCCAGGAUGGGCGAGUUGGAAUUUGGGGAUCUUCCUUUGCAUGCGUUGUGCUGCCCUGCACCGCAAACUGGGCACACAUAUCUCCAAGGUCAAGUCGUUGACUAUGGACAGCUGGUCGGCGGAACAGUUGGAUGUAUGUCAACUUUUGUGUGAUUUCUUCUCGUGUUGUGUCGGCGUGCUGACGACGAAGAAUAUGAAAUCCCACGGAAACAUCCUCAUGAACAAGAUCUACAAUCCCAAGAACGCCCAGCCCCCGAUCCCUACGGAUAUCGAUGAGUCCGACUCGUGUAUGGAGCGCUUCAUCCGCCAGAAAUACCAGUAUCGCUCGCUCGAGGACGGCAAGCCCAAACCUCCCAGUCGCCAUGAUUCCGGCUACACAAAGUCCCCCGAAGGUUCGCCGCCACCCUUACCCCCAAAGACGGGCAAAUUCUUUGGCUUUGGCUUGCGCUCCGCCUCGUCCACCUCCAACCUGCGCCGCUCCGCGCGCUCGCGGCCCUUCUCCCCCCGCUCCGAGCGCUCACCGUCGCCGCCCCCCGUACCCGUCUACAAGCGGUCCUCCGGCGCCGGCGCCUCGUUCAAUGAGAUGGACUCCUCAUUCGAGGCCAAGCUCACAGCUCUCAAGGAUAUGGGCUUUCCCGAUGAGCGGCGCAACGCCUCCGUGCUGCGGAGUCUGAAUGGGAACCUCGAGAAGACCGUCGAGUCGCUGGUCCGGCUGGGCGAGGGCAGUCAUCCCGCCUCCCGGUCGAGGACCCCUGUACCUCCGACUCCGGCAAAGGAUGACACGAACCCCUUUGAUUUACUGGACUCCAAGCCACCGGCCAACAACGGCGGCAGCAAGUCAUAUAACCCGUUCGACGCGCCGACCACGACAACACCAGCGGUCGCCACCCUCGAGACAUCCAUGCAGCAUCUCCAAGUCUCCCAGCCUCUCUUCCCGCACUUCACGGGGGGGUAUCCAUCAUCCACCCAGCCGAUGGUCCAGCCCAUCUUGCAGCAGCAGCAGCAGCACUCGAUCACUCCCCCGGCCACCUCGACCUUGUCUCAGGGCCCCUUUGUCUCCUCCCCGCAGGCCAUGGAGGGCUACAACCCUUUCUUCCAACAGCCACAGCCUCAACAGCCCGCAUUUGUUCAGACACAGAGCAAUCCAUUCUUUCAGCUACAACAGCCGCCUCAACCCCAACAUGCCAAUACUAUGCCGCCGCUUGGCUCUUCGCCUUUCGCCUCGUCUCCAUUCUCCCAGCCGCAGCCGCAGCAGCCGCCUCAACUUCAGCAUUCCAGUACCUUGCCUUCGCUCGGUACUUCACCCUUUGCAUCGUCUCCAUUCCAAUCGCAGCCGCCACAGCAACAGCCUCUGCAACAGCUUCAGCAUUCGAAUACCAUGCCUACGCUUAGCGCUGGCGCUGGUGCUUCACCGUUUGGCCCGUCCCUUUUUCAGCAACAGCAGCAGCAGCAGCAGCAGCAGCAGCAGCACCAGGCGUACAACCCGUUCCAAUCCGGCUUGGCUCCCGCGUCUUUGUCUCAGCAGAAUUUCGCUCAACCGCAUUUGGCUCCUCAACCAACGGGAUUGGACAAGGGUGGGAUUCUCGCUCUGUACGGGCAGCCGCAGCCGCAGCAGCAACAACAAUUGCCAAGUCAACAACUGCAGCAACAACUGCCAAGUCAACAAGGCCAGCAGCAGUUUCCAACACAACCACAGCAGCUGCAGCCUUUAGGAAUCAGCCCGGUGCCGACAUUAAGCACGUCGCUCAACUCGACGCCUCAGACAGGGUCCUCGAUUGCGACGCCAUCCUCGGUAUCCUUCCUAAACACCCCCGCGCGGAACCCGUUCUUCACCUCCAGUGCUCUGCAGAGUGGACCUCUGCCGUCCGGACUGGGAAUUGGCCCUGGUGGUGGUGGUGGUGGUGGUGGUGGUGGUGUUGGCGGACCAGCUCCUCCGACAAACCCCUUCCCACGAACGCAUAUGAGCCAGCCGAGCAUGGAUGUCAGCGGGUUCCAGAAUGGACGACAUAGUCCUGAUGCUUUUGCGAGUCUCAGCGCGCGCUACGCAUAGUCUUUCUUUUGGUAUAUAUUUCCUUGUACUAUAUGUAGAUAAUAAGAGUUUACAAU